CUAAUAAAUUCCUUUAUGAGCCACACCCUUUUAGAAGACAUAAACAAUCCUUUGGACCAUGUCCAUCUCAAAGAAAGAGAAAUGGCAGCGAUACGUGGACGAUGCUCUCCUCAAAACCGAGCAGGUGACAAUGGCCGCCAUACACGGCUUGGACGGAGAGGCAUGGGCCACAUCAGAUGGAUUUAAUGUGACCACAGAGCAAGUAGCAAAGCUUGUAACUUGCAUCACGGGAGAUACCACCACACUUAAGAAAUCUGGCAUCAAAGUCGGGAAUCGGAGCUACAUACUGUUAAGAGAUGAUCCUGGGAGAUCAGUGUAUGGUCGCAAAGGAGCUGACUCUGGCGUCUGUGUUGUGAAGACGAAACGUGCUUUACUGAUUGGUGUGUAUGGAGUUGGUGUCCAGCCUGGAAACUGUAAUGCUGUCAUGGAAAAAAUGGCUGACUAUUUGAUUGAGCAUGGACUGUAGUAUGCUCAUUUUAAUUUUAAAUGCCGUAGUUAUACUUUUUCACCAAAUACUUUUUGAGAAAAAUUAAAAAUUCAUAAAA